AUGUCAGAGAAACCUGCUUUUCAGGAGAAUGUUGGUGAACUAAUCGACCUGGGAAAAGGGAUCAGUGAUGUGCUACCGGAGUUGGAAUCACAAGAGACUGAAUGUGAGGGAGCAUUCACGUGGCAUAUCGGGAACUGGAGUCAAUUGAAGCAGGACAAACAUGUUUCUCCUCGCUUUAGGAUAGGUGAAUACGAGUGGGAUGUGCUUCUGUUUCCACAAGGUAACCACAACAGCGGAAUUUCGAUGUAUCUUGAGCCUCAUCCAGAAGAAAAGUUCAACGAGGAGAAACAGUGCCUAGAGCCAACUGACCCAGAUUGGCAUGUGUGUGCACAGUUUGCUAUCGGCAUCUCUAAGCCAGGAGAAGAUACAAAGUGCCAGCUUUUCAAUGUUUCACAUCACAGGUUCAGUGCUACUGACACAGAUUGGGGCUUCGCUAACUAUAUUGAGCUAGAAAGUCUGAAAAGGCGCACCUCUUCCAAAAAUUCAGGAUUUCUAUCAAAUGGCCGACUGAACGUGUCAGUUUUUGUGAGAAUUUUAAAAGACCCCACUGGAGUCUUAUGGCAUAAUUUUAUGAACUAUGACUCUAAAAAGCUAACAGGCUUUAUUGGACUAAAAAACCAAGGUGCGACAUGUUACUUGAACUCCCUUCUCCAGUCGUACUUUUUUACCAAGCUCUUCAGAAAGAUAGUUUAUAAGAUCCCUUCCGAAAACGAAUCUCCUAAUGACAGCGUUUUACUAGCGCUUCAGCGCUCUUUCUACCUCCUUCAAAAGUCUAAUGAGACCUUAGACACAUUGGAGCUAACGAGGUCAUUUGGAUGGGAUACCGGCGAUGCCUUCACCCAGCAUGACGUUCAAGAACUGAAUCGUAUUUUAAUGGACAGGCUUGAAACACGUAUGAAGGGAACAGAAGUCGAAGGGGCACUGAACGAGCUUUUCGUUGGAAAAAUGAAAAGUUACAUUAGGUGCAUCAACGUAGAUUACGAAUCCUCGCGGGUUGAAGACUUCUGGGACAUACAGCUGAACGUCAAGAAUUUAAAAGGGGUGCAAGAAUCUUUUGACAAUUAUGUUGAGGUUGAAAUAAUGGAUGGCGAAAAUCAGUACGCAGCACAGGAUUAUGGGUUGCAAGAUGCCAAGAAAGGUGUUGUGUUCGAAAGCUUUCCCUCUGUCCUUCAUUUGCAACUGAAAAGGUUUGAAUAUGACUUCAACUACGACCAGUUGGUCAAAAUCAAUGAUAGAUAUGAGUUUCCAGAAACUAUUGACUUGUCUCCUUACCUUGAUCCAGAUGUUUUGAAAAAAAAUCCUGGUCCUUGCGUUUACAAUCUUCAUGGAGUUUUAGUUCACUCCGGGGAGAUUUCUGUCGGACACUAUUACGCAAUGAUUAAACCAGAUGUGGGGGACCAAUGGUUUAGAUUCGAUGACGACAAAGUUUGGCGUGUUACCAAAGAGCAAGCUUUUGACGAAAACUUUGGUCAUGAACCACUGCCAGAUGACAAACUUAGAUCAUUGACCCGUGAGCAAUACCAAAAUUAUCUGAUAGCGCGCCAAACAAGUGCUUACAUGCUUGUCUACAUACGAGAGGAUAUGGAGAAAAACGUCCUUGAGGACGUGUCCGAUACAGAUGUCCCUCAACAUAUUGUGACCAGCAUUGAGAAAGAAUUAAAAGAGCGCGAACAAAAGCGCAAGGAGCUUGAAGAAAUGCAUUUGUACACUAAGGUCAAUAUUCAUUCCAUGAGCAAUUUUGUGAACUAUCAAGGAUUUGAUUUAUCACCCAAUGAGCGCUCGAAGUUAUACAGUUCUGAACUGCAUGAUGAAAGUGAAUAUGCUUCUUCUCUGAAAAUCUUGAAAACUACAAAACUUCGGGAUGUUAAAAGCGAGAUAAGCAGCAAAUUGAAUUUACCAAGAACGCAUAGAGUUAACUAUUGGAUUAUGAGUUAUAGAAAGAAUUACACACUGCGGCUCGAUUCUAUUCUUGCACCUGAACUCGACAGUUUAUCGUUAGAGCAAGUUAUACACAAAAUGGGGAUCUCGCGUGCAACUGCGAUUGAUUUUUUUGUUGAAGAGCCGUACUUGGAACUCGCAUUUUUGAAUGAGUUGCUCAAGGCCAAUAUAAUUCCUCCUUCAAGACUUACAUCGGAAAGCGUUCUCAAGAUAAGAAAGGCUGCAUACGAAGAGAAUUUUCCUGAGUCCUCGAAAUAUCUAAGUUCUCCAGAAGAAGAUUCCCCUAAAGUUCUAGUUUUUCUAAAAGUUUUUGAUACCGAAGUUCGGCGUUUGGAAGGGUUUGCUCACACGCUUGUCAAUAGAACUGAUAAGGUUUCCAAACUGGUAGAGUUAGCAGGCCACUUCUGUUCUGUUAACACUACUGAAUUUUUUUAUGAAGAAUUUCAGCCGGACACAAUCGAACCAAUCGAGAGGGAGAUGCAAUUUGUGGCAUCAGAAUUAGUAGAUGGUGAUAUUCUUUCGUUCUCCACUACGCAAUCUAGACAAAACCUUUCGUCUCAGCCCCCCUCUCUUCUAGAAUACUAUGACUAUCUGAGGUACAGAAUCAAAAUAAGUCUUACGCGAACCGUUAACGCCGAAGAAGAGUACGUUGCUACUGAUGAAAGCAAUAACGAUGGCCCCCUCGAAUUGUGGAUAUCUGCCAAGGCAAGCUACCAAGAGCUUGCUCAAAAAAUUUCACAAAGAACGGGAAUAAGUGCACAUUUCAUUCGUACUUUUGCCAUCUAUGGGAACGGGCGCUUUGCUCUCAAGUGGGACUGCAAAAUUUCGGACUUUUUGGUCAAAAAUUACACUAGAGAUUCCAUACCGCCAUUUGAAUAUGAGGUGCUAUCAAUUCCUUUGAAAGAAUUUGAGCAUCUCAGAUCCAUCAAGUUUUACUGGUUGAGUGACAGCUACGUCCACUACCAACUUUAUGAAUUUAGGAUUGCGAACUCAUGUACUAUUGGUGAGUUUAUGGAUAAGCUGCAGCAGAGGUUGCACUUUGAUGACGAGCAAAAGAGCAAAAUAUUGAUAUGGACAAACUGCGACUUCAAGUUUCAAGGUAUAUUGUCAGAAGAGAACGUGUUUGAAGAAUUGAGCGAGUCAUUUUUAUUUUUCGGUCGAAUUUUACCUGAGGAGCUAGCACUUGUGAAACAACUGGAAGCAUCUUCACCAGAAAACAUUGACUCGAUGGAUGAAACUGAAGAAGAAGAUCUAAGUAUUGUAACGAAAAGUGCAAACCCCACAGAAGGAAAGCUUGUGAUAGUCAUUCAAUAUUUCAAAGACCUAGACAACAGACAUGGAAUAUCAUUUUUGUUCAAUUUGUUGCCCAAUGAGAACUGCUUACAGACCUGGGACCGCUUGCACGCAAAGUUUGGACUAGGGCACAAAGAGUUCUCGAAGAUCAAGCUUGGAAUUACAGUAAGUUCCGAAGCUGGUCUAACAUUCAAGUCCUUCCAGAACUUUACUGAUCAAGAACUUAGCGAGAUCAUACUAUUUGAUGUUUUGAAUAAUUUGGACUAUAUCUGCAUGGAUCAUCCAGAUCGGACAAGGACCCAAACAUAUCAUGAUAGGCCUAUGGUAAUAAAAAACUAG